AUGCAAGGAAGCUAUCAUAGCAAUGGUUUACCACGACCAUACUACAUGAAACCAUCAUCGAAAAAGAAGCAUUCACCGUACAACAAUCUCAAAGAGCCAAUAGUUUUCUUCAACACUCCAAGAAGAAAAUUAAUUGGUUAUAUUUUUAUGUUUCUAAUAAUUGGAACUUUAAUGUGGUGGGUUUCACAAGAUUUAAAAGAUAAACCAGAAUCAGAAUACGAAGUUGUACCAGCAGAUCAAUACACUUCAUCCUCAUCGUCUUCCUCUUCUAACAAAAAACACAAUUUAGAUAACGACAAUCACAAUUUGGAUAAUAUGGUUAAAGGCGUUGGUUCAAAAGCUGAUACUGAAAAGGAUAAUCUAGAUUUGGCAGAAAAUUUGGCAGCUGGGUCUAAGGGUGAAAAGGGAUUGGGAGUGGCUGAAGCUCCCAAAGGCGGAAUUGCUAAUGAAGCACCAUUGGUUGGUAAUAAUGAAGAUGACGUCGUUGGUAAUGGUAAUAAAGCGCAACAGAAACAACAGCAGCAACAAAACAAGCAAGUGGGACAUCCACCGUUACAUAAUGCUGCAGAUGAUGAAAAGUCGAAUGAGAGGAUAGUGCAACAAAUACUUCAAGAUACUCUGUAG